AUGAUGUCAGCUCGGACCAAUCGCGGGUGGGUAUAUAAGGCGCGGGCCGCCUCGCGCCGAAGGAGUCGGCGCUGGGAGGUGUGCGGCCGAGCGCCGCAGUCCCGCAACCGGGGCUGGGGCGGCCGGGCCGAGGAACCCGGCCGGCCAGCGUCACCAGUUCGGUCGUCCGGCCGAAUUCUACGGUCUGAUCCCGCCACCUUGGUCAGGUCCGGGUCACCCGAUCAGGACCCGCCACCGCGCGAGUCCCUGUUCCGGCAAAGUACCCCUGCAGAGUCUGGAGACCAGAUGUCCUGGCCACAGCAUGCACAGAGCAUAUUACCUCUGGAGACUGAAGGGAGAAUGCUUGUCUGGCUGCAUAAAACUACUGGGAAUUCACAGUUCACUCAUGUCACCAAAGUGCUAACACCAGUGGUGGUUUUCCAAAGAGUGAGCAGUAUGUUCAAGUGGCAAGGCUCAGAAUUACUCACUCUGGGGGAGGUCAGCUGCCAUACUGGGAGGACACACAAGCAGCCCCAAGAAUGGAGGCCUCUGACAGAGCCACAUGAGAUGUCUGCGGAUGUAGCCCCAAACUGUCACGGCUGGGACAAGAAGGAAAACCCGACCCUGCGGCAGAUGACUUUGACAGCGAUGCCUCACAAGGACGUGUGCCUGCAGAAUUAAAACAGGGUUAUGUUGACACUUUCUAGGUAUAGUUCCUACCUGUUACCUUCACUUGUUUUUUUUUUUUUUUUCCCUUCCAAAUCUCCAAGUUUCUUUAAGAGAUCCCAGGAAGUGGGAUAUUACCAGUGGCAUGGGGAGUCAUGGAAGUUAAGGAAGGAGUUGGCUGCACACCUGUGUUCUCCAUGUUUGUGCUGCUACAGCAUCCUGGUCACUACUGCUAAGAUCACUGGUCUGGAUGCUGUGUCCCUCCAAAAUUUACAUGUUGAAAUGUUACCACUAAGGUGGUGGUUUUAGGAAGUGGGGACUAUGGGAGGUGGUUAAGUCCAGGGUGGAACCCUCAUGAAUGGAGUUACUUUUCUUAUAAAAGAGGCCACAGGGAGCUGCUUCACCCCUUCUGCCAUGUGGGUGAAACAGAGUAGGUGCCAUCUGUGAAAUAGGAAGUGAGCUUUCCCCAGACCCAGCAUCUGCCAGCACCUGAACCUUGGGCUGCCAGUCUGAAGAACUGUGAGAAAUAAAUUCCUAUUGUUCAUAAA